AUGAGUCAAGACAUAACUGAAUUGAAAAGCUUUAAGGAAGAUGUGAGAUCGACCUUAAGGAGUCAUGGUGAAAAACUCAAGUGGAUGGAGGCUCGAGUAGGAGAACUAUCUCAACAGGCCCCCAAAUCAACUGCAGUGUUCCCUAGUGACACAGAAAAGAAUCCAAAAGGGGAACAAAACGGAGUGAGAUGGGAAGAAUGCAAGGCCAUCACCACAUUGAAGGAAGUCUCAGAAGAAGAAGGAAUCAGACCCUCAAAAAAGGAGCCAGAAAUCUUGAAAGAAAGUGUGGAAGAAGCUAAGCAGGGAAGUGAAAUGGAGCAAGCUAAGGAGAUGCAAAAGGAAGGCACGCUGGAAACAUACCAACCAAAAGCACCAUUUCCUCAGAGGUUGGGAGGAGGCGAAAAAGGGAAAACAUAUUCAAGGUUCCUAGAGAUAUUUAAGUCUCUCCAUAUCAAUAUUCCCUUUCUUGAUAUCCUCCAACAGAUGCCUACACAUAUCAAGUAUUUGAAGGAAUUACUGAGCAAAAAAAGAGUUUUGAAGGGAGGACAAACUGUAAUAAUGAACAAGGAAUGUAGUGCACUCAUCAAGAAGGAUAUGGUCUCUAAGAGAACAGACCCAGGAAGUUUUCAUAUCCCCUGCAUCAUAGGGGAAACAAAAAUUGAGAGAGGAUUCUGUGAUCUAGGAGCUAGCAUAAAUGUGAUGCCUCUGACUCUUAUGAAGAGGCUACAACUGAAUGAGGUGAGAUCCACUGAUGUAAUCGUGCAACUGGCGAACAAAACUCAAAAGCAAGCUGAAGGGGUAGUUGAGAAUGUGUUGGUGAAAGUGGAAAAGUAUUUCUUCCCCACAGACUUUGUCAUUUUGGACAUGGAGGAAAGCUACUUACACCCUAUCAUUCUGGGAAGGCCAUUUCUAGCCACUGCUAGAGCACUCAUAUAUAUAGAACAAGGAGAGCUGAUUUUGAGAGUACAUGAUGAACAGCUCAUUUUCCAUGUUUUCAAAUCUGCAUCUGAGCCUGAACCAGAACCUGAAAAGCAUAUGGAUGAUAGUAGUCAUCUGUGUUUGGAGGAAAGCAAGCCAGCAGCUGGAACUUUGAAACAGUCCUUGGAAGGCAAACAAGAAUUGCAAGAGUUGAAGCCACAACAAUCAAUAGAAACAGCUCAGAAGGAUCGUCCGGUUUCUAGUAUGUUUGUUGGUUUACUGCUUUGA